CUCCGGGACGGAGCACACCACGCGUGUCCAUGCCCCGCGCCGGCACGCAGGGCUGCCUGGCCCUUUAAGCGUCCAGACGGCGGCCCCAGCUGACGCGCGGGCUCCAAUCGGCGCCCCGCGCCCCCCGCCCGACGCGCCCGAGGCUCUGGGGCCGCAGCUGCUCGGCUGCUGGACUCGCUGCGGCCCUGCGCCUCAGCCCGCCCGGCCGCGCCCCCGGGGGCCAUGGUCGCGGGGCCCUGCGCGGGGGCGGCCCCCAGCGCGGCGCUUCAUGGAGCGGCCCCGGCCCGGCCGCCGGGGGCAGCGCGAUCCCGCGGGGCCCUGUGAGCCCCCAGCGCCACGGCACCAUGUUGCUGGUUGAGAAGACGACCGACUCUCCGGCGGCCGAGUUCUCGCUGGUGGAGGACGUGGCGCUGCACUUCGCCUGCUUGAUGGGCCGCCUGAACGAGCAGCGCCUCUUCCAGCCUGACCUCUGCGACGUGGACCUGGUGCUGGUGCCCCAGCGUAGCGUCUUCCCGGCGCACAAGGGUGUGCUGGCAGCCUACAGCCAGUUCUUCCACUCGCUCUUCACCCAGAACAAGCAGCUGCAGCGGGUGGAGCUUUCCCUGGAGGCGCUGGCCCCCGGCGGCCUGCAGCAGAUCCUCAACUUCAUCUACACGUCUAAGCUGCUGGUCAACGCGGCCAACGUGCACGAGGUGCUCAGCGCCGCCUCCUUGCUGCAGAUGGCUGACAUCGCGGCGUCCUGCCAGGAGCUGCUGGACGCCCGCUCCCUGGGCCCCUCGGGCCCCAGCGCCGUGGCUCUAGCCCAGCCGGCGGCCAGCUGCACCCCCGCCGCGCCACCCUACUACUGCGACAUCAAGCAGGAGGCCGACACCCCAGGCCUGCCCAAGAUCUACGCCCGCGAGGGGCCUGACCCCUACUCCGUGCGUGUUGAGGACGGGGCAGGGACUGCAGGGGGCACGGUGCCUGCCACCCUCGGGCCAGCCCAGCCCUUCUUCAAGGAGGAGAAGGGAGGUGGCGUGGAGGAGGCUGGCGGGCCCCCUGCCAGCUUGUGCAAGCUGGAGGGUGGGGAGGAGUUAGAGGAGGAGCUUGCGGGCGCUGGCACCUACAGCCGCCAGGAGCAGUCCCAGAUCAUCGUGGAGGUCAACCUCAACAACCAGACUCUGCACGUGUCCACGACGCCCGAGGGGAAGCCGGGCGCCGCCGCGAGCCCAGCCACCAUGGUGCUGGGCCGGGAGGACGGGCUGCAGAGACACUCGGAGGACGAGGAGGACGACGAGGAAGAGGAGGAGGAGGAGGAGGAAGAAGAGGAGGGCGGUGGCAGUGGAGGGGAGGAGGAGGAGGAAGAGGAAGGUGGCAGUCAGGGAGAGGAGGAUGAGGAGGAGGAAGGGCACAGUGAACAGGAGGAGGACGAGGAGGAGGAAGAGGAAGGACACAGUGACCAGGAUCAGGAGAGCUCAGAGGAUGAGGAGGAGGAAGAGGAGGAGGGGGAGGCGGGGGCCAGGCAGGGCCCAGCAGGGCGCAGGGGCAGCCGGGCAGAGCCCCCUCCCCACAGUCGCAUGGCCACUCGGUCCCGGGAGAACGCCCGGCGGCAGGCGCCCCCUGAGCCCGAGGAGGCCGGGCAGCGUGGAGGGAAGCGGUCAAAGCAGCCCCCUGGAGCGACCCCUGCGCCGGCUCGAGGGCCGCAGGCCCCCGACGGGUUGGGGGCCAAGGUGAAGCUGGAGGAGAAGCAGCACCACCCGUGCCAGAAGUGCCCACGAGUCUUCAACAACCGCUGGUACCUGGAGAAGCACAUGAACGUGACCCACAGCCGCAUGCAGAUCUGCGACCAGUGCGGCAAGCGCUUCCUGCUGGAGAGCGAGCUGCUGCUGCACCGGCAGACGGACUGUGAGCGCAACAUCCAGUGCGUGACCUGCGGCAAGGCCUUUAAGAAGCUGUGGUCCCUCCACGAGCACAACAAGAUCGUGCACGGCUAUGCAGAGAAGAAGUUCUCGUGCGAGAUCUGCGAGAAGAAGUUCUACACCAUGGCCCACGUGCGCAAGCACAUGGUGGCUCACACCAAGGACAUGCCCUUCACCUGCGAGACGUGCGGCAAGUCCUUCAAGCGCAGCAUGUCCCUCAAGGUUCACUCGCUGCAGCACUCCGGGGAGAAGCCCUUCCGGUGCGAGAACUGCAACGAGCGCUUCCAGUACAAGUACCAGCUGCGCUCCCACAUGAGCAUCCACAUUGGCCACAAGCAGUUCAUGUGCCAGUGGUGCGGCAAGGACUUCAACAUGAAGCAGUACUUCGACGAGCACAUGAAGACCCACACAGGGGAGAAGCCGUACAUCUGUGAGAUCUGCGGCAAGAGCUUCACCAGCCGGCCCAACAUGAAGCGGCACCGGCGCACCCACACGGGCGAGAAGCCCUACCCCUGCGACGUCUGCGGCCAGCGCUUCCGCUUCUCCAACAUGCUCAAGGCCCACAAGGAGAAGUGCUUCCGCGUCAGCCACCCCCUGGCCGGCGACGGCCCCCCCUCUGCGCCGGGCCUGCCCCCCACCCAGCCUCAGGCUCCCGCCCUGCCCCUGCUCCCCGGGCUGCCCCAGACCCUGCCGCCCCCGCCCCACCUGCCCACCCCUCCCCCACUCUUCCCUACCACUGCCAACAGCGGCGGGCGGAUGAGCGCCAACAACUAACCCCGCCCUAGGCGUCGUGCAGCACCUGCAGCCCAGGGGCGGCUGGGAGCACCCCUGGCCCUCCCCGCCUUGUGGGAGGGCCCACCUGCCUGGCACCGCUGCGCCCCCAUCCCCAGAGGUGGCUGGACACGCUCUGCUUGAGGCCCCUGCCCCUAGCGGGGGUGCAGGCUGGAGGCGCCCCAGAUCUGGUGGAGGACACCUCACUCCCAAGUGCUCCCUUUCAGCGACUCCUUGAAGCCUUUCCUGUUUUUUUGUUUUUUUGUGGGUUUUUUUUUGAAAUCGAAGGAAAAAGACAGGAAACUAUUUGCAGUCCCCCCCUCCAGGUGAGGGGGCGCUAGAGGCAGCAGGUACAGUGGAAGGCGGGCUUGGAGAGCAGGUGUGACCCGUCACUCUGCAGAGGGCCUGAGCCCAGGGGUUGUCCAGGUGUAGCCCUGGCCAGCCUCAGCAGCUCCUCCCUGCCUCCCCUGUGCCCCCUGACUGGCCCCCUUGCCCUGGAGGGUUUGGGGAGACAGGGGGUGCCAGCCCCCUUGGAGCAGCUGAGGACUCAGUCUGAGCCUAUGCACACGGAGCAGGGGCUUGAGACUGAACGCCCGUGAGCGUGGGGGGUGGGGAGCGGCGAGGCAUGGAGACUUCGGACCCAGCUCCGCACCGUGUGGAGUGGGGCAGGCAGGGGCUGGACCCCGGGCAUUUGCUUUCCCCACCCAUCCCCCGACCCGCACCCGGCCGCACUGCGAGCCCUGCGCCUCAGGGUGCUGUGGGCAGGCCCUGGGCGGGCAGAGGGGCCGGCUCCCACGGCACCAGCGUCCAGGGGCUGCAGUCAAGGAGCCCUGCAAACGAGUGGACCCCGGGGGAAGGUCCCCAGGGGGCGGCGCGGGCACAUGUGUCGAGGUUUCAAGGUGCUACCAGUGGGGCAGCAGGCAGGGGCUUCUGUUCACGGGCACCCGCCCUCACCAGCUGCCUGGCCACGCCUCCCACACUGGAGGAGAUGCAUGUGUGUGCAUCCGCCCCUGCCCCUGCUCCCCGGGGGCAACGCCAGGCCUCGUCCCCCCGCCCCCCGGGCCCCGCCACAGCCCGCCCCUGGCUGGUGUCCGGCAUUGUCGUCCCUGCUGGGCCCCGGAGCUGGUGGUGGGGUGCCUGUGACAUUGUUGGUGAAAGGACCCCAUGGUCAGGCCCUGAGGUCAGGGUCGGGUCCAGGGGGUGGGGGAGCCCCUCCCUGUGCCCAGCGCUUGCCCCCCGAGAGGCCAGCACUAAUAGGUCACCCUUUUUCGUUGUCAUUUAACACCUUUAUUCCUGCCUUUCAAAUGAGGAGGAAGGUUCCAUAAGCUACAUGUUUCCUAGUUAAGCUCUCUCCCAUUGUGUUUAUAUGGUUUUGUUUGUUAUACUCUUUGCACCUUAAACCCCCACGACUACCCCCCACCACCUCCUUCCCAGCACAGCUGGCGUGGGAAGAGGCCUGAGCCCAAGGGGGGCCAGGGGCGGCUGGGCCCCAUCAGCCUGCGGGCUGAGGGGGUCGGAACCCCUCUGACCUCCUUGAGAGGCCAUGGCGCCGGGGCAGGGAACUGGGCACAUUUUAAUCAUCAAUAAACGAAGCACUUUAUUCUGUACAGAUGUGGGCAGGCCCAAGGAGCCCGAGUGAUUUGAGGGUCUGUAACCCAAGCCGUACAGCCUGCUAGCUCUCUGGGCGUGGAGGGGGCAGUGCCCUGGCCUGGCUGAGUUCGGGCCGCCUCUGCCCCAGGAGCAGGGCGGGCCAGAGCCUGCAGACACACCCUUGGGGGGGCCCCUGGCAUCCCCUGGGGAUCGAAAGGGGGGCCCUCCCCGAGAGAGAGGAAGACUUCUGGUCUGGCUCCCCGUCCCCAGCCUGGGCCUCCUCGGCCCCUGCUUUACUGAAGCUCUUCCCCUCUCUCUCCUUCCCAUUAUCUCUGGGCUUCCAUGAUGUCCUCAGGGUCCCCCCUCCCCACUCCCCAAUGCUUGCUAUUUCUAACCUCUGGUCCCAGUGCCUGGCAGCUCUCCAGAGCUGGCUCCCGUUCCCCCUGCCCCCCAAAAGCUGAUCUUCCCCAAUGGGCUCUAGGCCGGGACCCCCAUGGGUCCCCAACCCCUUGUCACUGACACCAGGCUCUACCAUAGGGGCUGGUGGCCUUGUCACCUGCUAGCCCCACUGCGGCCUUAGCAAGCCUGGGGCCCUGGCCAGGCCAGACUUGGACAGGCAGAGGCCAGACAUGGGUGUGGGGGAGCUGAUCAUGAAACCCUGUCCCAAGACCGAGGUUUCCUGUCCUUCCAUCCCUUCCCUCUAAGGGCGGGACAGGGGUCUAGACCGCAGACUGGGCUCUGAUCAAAACGGUCUUGCAGCUGUAUAGGUGGGCACAGCCAUGCCCUUUCCUGGGAGGCCACAUCCCCGUGGGGACAGGAGCUCCGUGUCCCUGGUGCUAAAUGCUCUCCCCCUCAGGCCACGGUGGGAGGGAGCUCCUUUCCAGCCAGACCACGAGGGUCUGAAGCAAUAACGGAACCUCGGCAGCGCCAGUGUGGACGGGGUUCCUGUUCUACCAGCUUUUCCAUUUCCUCUUUGUUUUAACAACAGAUGAAUAAUAAGCACCUGGAUGUUGGACUGAAGGGACUGGGGCUGCAUGCCCACCCCCCAGGGCUGGCGGCAGUGGUGGGGAGGGGGGUUUAGGUCCAGCCUGUCCCCCUGGAGUUUGGGCGGUGAGGAGGGUCCUGUCUCCAGCUGGACUUGUCCGCCCACCUGGCCAGACCUUGGGCCUGGAACGUGGGCCUGUCCCUGCCCGGCUCCUCUGGGGCCCCCUGGUCUCGGGCCAGGUGGGGUGAAUAGCCAGAGAGGCGAUGACCCCAGUUCCGGGAGCCGGGCUGGUCUCAGAGCCUGAGCCUCUGACACUGGCACGUGCUGCCACAGUGCCCCUCACAGCGGGGGCAGCACAGCUGUGCCCAGGCCUGUGGACCCCCGAUGCCUGGUCGUAUGCCUCCCACCCCCCCACUGUGAAGUGUGUGGGGAACAGCAGGCGGAGGAGUGAGAAGAGUGGAGUGAGGGGAAUAAAGUCAGUACAACUGUU